AUGGCAGUGUGUGGUCAAGCUAUCUUGGAGUAUUUCACAAAUCCUGAUAUGGAAUCGGCAAAGGAGGAUGUUCUUGACCAUAUGAAUGAAUUGUGGAGAACUUGGAGAUCUAGGAUGAAUCGUGAUCAUGUAAAACCUCAUGACAGCUUGGUAGAGAUUCUCGAAGAUGUUCCAGAAUUCUUGAGCAAAGAGGAUUGGGAGUGGUGUGUGAAGGAGAAGUUCCUUUCUGAAGAAUUUCUGGUGAAACAAUCCUACUCUAAACUACAUUUUCUACUGCUUUUGGUUCAGUGGCGGCAAAGACUUUUAUCUAAUUAUUGA